AUGAAGUUCCCCGGCGUCACGGCUACUGUGAGCUUGCUCUUGACUGUCCUGCCUACUGUAGGCGGUGCUCCCACUUCAACAAACGGCAAUGCCGCAGCCAAUCCCAACCUGAGAGGCUCGCCAGAGCUGGUCGGUCUUCUACCCGGCCAAAAAGAGAAUAGCAAGACUGGGUCAUACCUUGAUUUCGAAAGUGUUGAGAACCCUCAGCCUAUUCGAGGCAGUAAGGGUGGUGAUGACCCUGGCCCACGAGACUAUUCAUAUGAAAGGAUCAACAGCGACAAAUACGCUCCUCCGGGCACCGACAAUGGGGCCACAAUCAAUGCGCAGUGGCCGAUGGGACUGAGUCAUAACAGGCUCGGACUCGACAAGUCUGGAUGGGCUCGUCAACAAAACACGGAUGUGCUGCCAGAUGCCAAAGAAAUGGCGGGUGUGGACAUGCGAUUAGAACCAGCGGCAUACCGCGAGCUUCACUGGCAUGUGGCUGCUGAGUGGUCUUUGGUUCUGAACGGAUCCUGCCGCAUCCAGGCCAUCAACGAAGACGGAGAGACCUUUGUGGACGAUGUCCAAGCUGGUGACGUGUGGUACUUCCCACCUGGGGUUCCUCACUCUAUCCAAGCCCUUGAUGACGGCGUCGAGUUCCUUCUGGUCUUCGAUCAGGGUUCCUUCAACGAAGACAACACCUUCCUCGCAUCGGAGGUUUUCAUGCACAAUCCGCGAGAGGUCAUGGCAAAGAAUCUCGGAGUGCCCGUGUCCGCUUUCGACAAUAUCCCCGACAAAGAACUUUACAUCUUCAACGGUACACCCGCCCCAAAGCAAAUCGAGGACCAGAAUGUCACAACGGGGGCUGGGAUCAUUCCCCAAUCAAGAAGCUACUCAUAUCACUUUUCUCAGCAACCCGCUCACGAGGUUGCGGGAGGAUCCGUAAAGAUCGUCGACCCUCUAACUUUCCCAAUUGCCAGCAACUUCUCCGCCGCGAUCGUGACCGUCAACCCUGGUGGCAUGCGCGAAAUCCACUGGCAUCCGUCUAGCGAUGAGUGGACAUUCUUCAUCAAGGGGCAGGGCCGUGGAACCCUAUUCACUGCUCCCAGUGACGCGACGACAUUUGACUAUCGUGCCGGAGACGUAGCAUACUUCCCCAAGUCGAAUAGCCACUAUAUUGAGAACACAGGUGACGAGGACUUAGUCUUUGUUGAAGUGCUCCAGGCUCCAAAGUUCACUGAUGUGGCGUUGGGUCAGUGGAUUGCCUCCACGCCCCGACAAAUUGUCAAAGACACUUUGAACCUCAGCGACGACACCCUAAGUAGAAUCAGUACCGAAAAGCAGUAUGUUGUUGCCGGCGAACCCAAGAGCUCACAACCAUGA